UCAGUCAACAAGGACAACAAUUUGUCUGCAAUAUGCAAACCGAGGCGAAAAAGCGGCAGGACAGGGCUGCUCGAUCAAAUUUCCACUCUGACCCAGCUUCUUCUCCACCUUCGUCUCCUAUUAUCGCGGGCUUUUAUUUAACGCGAUGUGCGUGAAAACGCUCCCAAAGCGGGUCUCCCUCUCCUUCUUUCAACAUGGAUGUUGAUACAGUCACCUCCAACUCACUGGGCGGCACCAUAGGUCCGUUGUAUAUUGGAAUGGUCUUGGCUGGAGCACUAUGGGGUGUUUCCUGCGUACAGACUUGGUAUUAUUUCGACAACUACGGAAAUGAUCCUAUCUUCCUCCGGGUGGUGGUAUUCUGCACAUGGUUGAGCGAUACCAUCCAUCAGAUUCUCAUAUCACAAGCUGUGUACAACUAUACUAUCACGCACUUUGGCGAUACGGAUAACCUGCAGAAUGUGCUAUGGAGUCUUUAUCUGGAAGCUUUAUUCAAUGCCAUAACCGGUUUCUUGGUACAAUCAUUUUUUCUUCACCGGAUAUGGAUAUUUCGCAAAAGUAUCCCUAUUACCUUCGUCAUCGGUCUCCUUGUAAUCGGAGAAUUCGGUGUAUCGAUCACAUAUGUUGCUCUUGGCAUGAACCUGAAGACGUUCACCGACCUCAACCAAAUUAAGGGCGUCUCCAUGUCUAUCAACGCACUCGCUGCCGCCGGCGAUAUCGCUAUUUCAGCCGCCAUAUGUACCAUGCUGAAUGCUUCGAAGUCUGGUUUUGCCUGGAGUAACCAUGUAAUCAACCGUUUGAUCAUUUACUCAAUAAACUCUGGACUGCUUACGUCUAUAUGUGCGGUCAUGUCUUUGGUCACUAUUCUGACAAUGCCGAAUAAGUUGAUUUACUUCUGCUUCUACUUCCUCAUUGGACGAUUCUAUUCGAAUUCCCUCUUAGCGACACUUAACGCUCGGAAAGGGAUACGUGCAAUGCAGAGUUCAUCUCGCGGUGAAUCUCACUCAUUGCAAGAACGAACUCAGGGCGGUCGAUUAGCAGGCCGCCUUAAUGGGUUGAUGAACCAAGGGGAUGUGCAAAUUGAAACAAUAAAAGCCCAGGAUUAUAGUGGAGAGGUCAGCAUUGGGAAUCUUGAUGACCCAGAUUCGUCAGCGCGUUCGGUGAAGGGAGAGUCCAUGAAAGGAGAGCUCCCUUAGGUAAGGUUUGGGUAAUAUACCCGGUCAACAUGUACAGCACACAUAAUAACUAGACGUCGACUCGAGAGAUGAACAAUCUGCAUCUGACGCUUCGUUCGUAGACGAUCAAGUGCCGGGCUAGGAACCCUGCGACGACGGUCGUCGUCGUCUAGGGAUAGACACGGGAACAAAAACCGGGUGUUGUCC